AUGUAUCUCAGCAAAUAUUUAAUUUUAACAUUACUUUCAGUUGUUUGUCUUAGUAGAGGUGUUUUUGGUAAUGCUGGUUUUAUGAAACCAAUCCCAAGAGUUGGAUGUAAAGAGCUUGACCAAAGAGGUUGUAAAAUCAGAACACCAUGUCACAAUUUAAAUCCAGUCUCUGGUGAUGUAAAUCCAAUCAAUAUUGAUUCCAUUUAUGAAUAUGCAAUUUAUCAAUUAGAUGCCAAAGCCAACGAAACUUCAGUUAAUACUUAUACAAUUCAAUUCUUUAAAGAUCAAGAAAAUACAGGUUUCCAAUUAUUAACAUUCAAUCAAAAUGAUAUGAACAGUAACAAUUCAUUCUAUGCAGUAAAAAUGGACCCAAUUAAAUUAAAUGCUAAACUUAUGGACAAUCUCGAAUUUGAUAGAGAUGGUUAUGUUUUUGGUACUUUAGAAUUAACUUUUGAUGCUAGAUCAGGUGGUGGUGAUGUAUACUAUUCAUGUGCCAAUGUUCGUUUCCAAAAUAAAACUGCUGCUGCUAAAAGUAAAGGUCAAAAAAUCAAAGUUGAAUCAACUUUAACUCUUACUGACGGUAAAGGUAACCAACGUGGUGAUAUUGAAUCUGAUGGUAAAGCAACUGAACUCAUCGUCCCAGAUUUAAUCAGUCACGAAGCUAAAGUAGACUCUGAAGAUAUCAAAGCUCAAGAUGACGAAGAUAUUGCUGCUGAAGAUGGUGAAAAUAACGAAAACAACAAUGAAGAUGAAGAAGGUAGCAAAGGUAAAAGCUCAUCAUCCUCACUCGCUAUCCCAACCAUUAUUGCCUCAUCAUUUAUCACUCUUGCUUCAUUAUUAAUUAAGUUUUAA